UUAGUUGUCAAUAAAAAAGCUAACAGAUAAGUAUUUAUUGCUUUAAUAAAAAAUGGAAAUGGGGUUGUCAAUAGUUGAAAAUGAUACCAUCACACUAUGCUGUGAUUGCUUUACUCACUGCGGUAUAAUAGAAGGCUAGAGAAGCGGGGUGAAUAUAUAAAUGACACUGAAAGUAUUUUUCUAUGUCACUUUUCAACAGACCUUGCUCAAAACGAGUUCGAAAUGAUCAAGGAAAUUUUUGAAUGUUUAGAAGACCCAAACAGGCCUCUUUUUGGUCCAAACUAUUGGCUUUUAAAUAAAAUUGGGCUGCUGCUUCCCAAGAAGUGGAUGGAUAGAAUUUGGAAAAUAAUCAUACACGAGAUUGUAACGUUUUUCGUAUUCACCCAGUACAUGGAACUCUACGUAAUAAGAUCAGACUUGGAUCUCGUAUUGACAAAUCUGAAGAUUUCUAUGCUUAGCAUCGUUUGUGUAUUUAAAGCAAAUACAUUUGUAUUUUGGCAAGGAAAUUGGCGUCAAGUCAUUGACUACAUAACUGAAGCUGACAAGUUUGAAAGGGAUAAUCAGGAUGAAGCUAAAGGAAAUAUCAUCAAUACUUACACAAGAUAUUGUCGACGCGUAACUUAUUUCUACUGGGUUUUAGUGUUUACUACCUUCAUUACUACUACUACUGCACCAUUAAUAAAAUAUUGUUCAUCGGAGACAUUUCGGGAGGGAUUUCGCAACGGAACUGAACCAUUUCCCCACAUAUUCAGCUCAUGGAUGCCUUUUGAUAAAGAGAAUUCGCCAGGGUGCUGGAUCACUGUUGUGUGGCACACCGGGCUAUGUGCUUAUGGGGCGACUAUAAUGGCUGCUUAUGAUACUAGUGUAAUGGUGAUACUAGUGUAUUUUGGAGGAAAAUUAGAUCUGCUUCGUAUAAGAUGCAGGGAGAUGCUGGGCACGGAAGGGAGAGUAAGCAAUGAAAAUGCAGAAAAGGUGGUCCGACAACUCCACGGAAUUCAUGUUUUACUUCUGAAGCAUUCCAGAUUGUUCAACUCAGUUUUGUCACCUGUGAUGUUUUGCUAUGUCGUCAUGUGCUCACUAAUGAUCUGUGCCAGCGCGUUUCAACUAACCUCUGCAACAAAUACAACGCAAAAACUCUUGAUGGCAGAAUAUUUGAUAUUUGGCAUUGCUCAGCUGUUUAUGUUUUGUUGGCAUAGCAAUGAUGUUCUUUACAAGAGUCAAGCUGUUAUGAUGGGGCCGUUUGAGAGUGACUGGUGGGCAGCCAAUCUUCAACAGCGGAACAACGUUCUGAUUCUUCAGGGGCAGAUGCAAAUCCAUUCAUGAACUUGUAUUUUUGCUAUGGAAAAUCAAAACCCACAAGAGCGGACUGUGCCUAUACAGUAUGUUCGGGGUUCGAGAGCUUUUAGACAGUUCAAAAAUCCACCUCAGCCCCAUAUGUGCAUUCAAGACACUAUACGGGAUACUUCGGAGAAAUUGUUCAUAAAUGUGUUGGGAUGGCAGAAAAUCGCCAAUCCGAAGCAAUAUUCAGAUCCUAUUCCACUUUACGGAGGAAUGCAGGUGCCGCAGGGCUGUGGCCCCAACAGCACUCGGCCACCACUACUGGUGUUCGCUGUGAUGGUGAAUCCAGACAUCCUGAAGGCCAAUGGGAAAAAUGCUGCCAAUCCUAGUGACAGAGAAGCCCUAGUGAGUUUGCUCUGCGACUUUGUUGAGGCUAUGAACCCAGGGCUGGUGCUAGCGCGGCACCCAACUAUUUUGAAGGACCGCGACCUGGCGGGUGAACUCAAAGACGUGUGGCUCGCAGUACAGAACAAGAGAGAAAGGGAAAAAGGCAGCCAGGAUGUCAUGUAUAAGGUUUACGACAUCGACGGUAUAGGCAGCGAAGAACCGGAAGACUCGCGCGACCAAGGCAAGAAAACCGUCAAGUCAUCCAAACAGAUACUGCUCAAUGCCGGGCAGAAGUCGGAGUUCGACUCCGGCAUGAACAACUGUCAGAUCAAUCAGAGCCAUGUCAAUAAUACUGACAACACUACUUAUUGUACCCCAGUAUAUGGACAAAUAGUUUCAAGCAGGGAAAACCACAAUCAAAUCAAUGACAUACAGCAAAAACUGUCAUCCAACGACACCAAACCAUCUACAUCGUUCCGGAAAGACUGGAACACAGUCCACGGGAAGACUCCGGAGGGCUGGGACGAGUUCUCCAAACGGAACAUAUCCACCAUCAAGAGCGGGGAAGAGAAGAAAUCUGAAAAGAAAGUCAACGGGAAGCCGCACUAUGACUUCUUUCCUGUGUUUGACAAUAAGGAAGAUUCUCCGGAGAACUCUGUCAGUGAGGACAUUAUAGACUCAAUGCAGAAAUUAGUUCUGCGUUCGACUGAUAAAACUAUUUGUGAUAAUAAUACAAGUGCUCUCAGCUCUUUAAGCUCGUAGUUCGCUUUAUAGGCAUUGUUGGGAACUAGUCAGGUUCAAUGUAACGGUAACUGACCAUUUGUAAGAUGUUUUUAAAUCGCAGAUACAAAAAUUUUAAUUUUAUUGGCCAA